ACUUGCUAAACAAGUAAGAAAGCUUGCUCCAAACCCCGGCGGCGCCGUCUCCUCCUCCCGCACCUCCGCCGCCGCGUCGCACGGGAGCACGAGACGACGACGACUGCGACCGCGAUGAGGAGGCACGCGCUCCAGCUCGUCGCGCGCGCGGUGCGCACCUCCGCUCCUCGUCCUCACCCUCAUCCCCAGCGCCAUCUACAUCAGGUCGCCGCGCUGAGAGCGUCGACGGGGUUCUUCUCGACCGAAGCUGCCGCAGGCGCGUCCGCGGCUGCCGGCGCGGCGCAGGGCGGUUCGAAGUCCGCUGCGGCUGCGGCUGCGGCUGCCUCCGCGUCUUCUGGCGCGGCGCAGGGCGGCUCGAAGCCCGCGGCUGUGGCGUCGGGUUCUGAUGGCGGUGGCGAUGGCGGCGGGCGGGAUGGGCAGUCGCAGCAAGGGGACUCCGGGAAGUCUGUCCGAGGAGGGCCCGUCUCAUGGCUGAGUUUUCUGCUGCUUCUUGUGACCGGAGGAGGAAUCAUAGUGUACUACGACAAGGAAAAGAAGCGUCACAUUGAAGAGCUGAAAAACAAUACGAAUUCAGUAAAACCAGCACAAUCAGUAGGAACUGCUGCUAUUGGUGGUCCAUUCAGUCUCCUAAAUCAUGAUGGGAAAGCUGUCACUGAAAAGGAUUUCUUGGGUAAAUGGACACUGCUAUAUUUUGGGUUCACACACUGCCCUGACAUCUGUCCAGAUGAACUGCAGAAGAUGGCUGCUGCUAUUAACAAAAUCAAGGAAAAGGCAAAACUGGAAAUUGUGCCAGUAUUCAUCUCGGUUGAUCCUGAAAGAGACACUGUUGAGCAAGUCCAUGACUAUGUUAAAGAGUUCCACCAAGAUCUCAUAGGACUAACUGGUACCUCUGAUGAGGUGAGAAAGGUUGCUCGUGCUUAUCGAGUCUACUAUAUGAAGACAGAGGAGGAGGGUUCUGACUACCUUGUUGAUCAUUCAAUUGUCAUGUACUUGAUGAACCCGAAAAUGGAGUUCGUCAAGUUCUUCGGCAAGAACUACGAUGAAGACACCCUGGCCGAAGGCAUCAUCAAGGAGAUCCGAGAGCACAAGAGCUGAGCUGAAAUCUCGCGCACCGUUUUGUCUGACCACCAUUUAGAUUCUAUUAUUAUUAUUAUCCUUAAAAUAAACAAACUCCCAACUCCGGUGCUGCUGCUGCUGCUGUUUGUUAGCUCGCGCGUUUUGGAACGCCAAUGUCCUUCUCUCUUUUUCUGGGCCUUGAUGCCUGUUCGUUAUGGCAGAUUUUUGUUAGACGCA